AUGCCUUCCUCUACUGCCCUCACAUCGAAGGUGACUUCCGGGUCACCUUAUCAACUGGAUAAUCCACAGGUCACUAAAGCCUCCACCGCCCUGUUGCGCCAUAUCAAGUCCAACCAGGCAGAGAAGGAGAAGUCCGCCACCAAGAAGACUCUGAUUGGAGACAAUGAUUCCGAUGAUGAGGAAACCCCCAUCAACAACGAAGCCGUCUGGCUUGUCCUCACCACCAAGAAGCAUGUGGUUGACAAGAACCGCUUGAAGCCUGGAAAGAUCAGCCUCCCGCACUCUCUUAACUCGUCGCCUUCGCUCAGCGUCUGCUUGAUCACUGCCGACCCCCAGCGCGGCGUUAAGGACAUCGUUGCCGAUCCCUCAUUCCCCAAGGAACUCUCCUCCCGCAUCGAGAAGGUCAUUGGCUUCAGCAAGCUUAAGGCCCGUUACCAGAGUUUCGAGAGCCGUCGUCAACUGUUCUCCGAGCACGAUGUCUUCCUUGCCGAUGAUCGCAUCAUUACCCGCCUUGUGAACACCCUUGGAAAAGUCUUCUACAAGUCUAGCAAGCGCCCAAUUCCCAUUCGCAUUGCAGAGAUCGAGAAGGUCGAUGGAAAGCGUGUCAAGAAGGAGGAUAAGAAGAAGCCCGCUAAGGAGGAGAAGAGCGCAUCUUUCGCUGCUCCUCUCAUUGUCGCUAAGGAAAUCGAGCGUACUUUGAAGUGCGCCUCCGUGCAGCUUGCGCCCUCUACCACUUGUUCCAUUCGCGUUGGUUCCUCCAACUUCACCGCCGAGCAAUUGACCGAGAACAUCGAUGCCGUUGUCAAGGGUAUGACUGAGAAGUUUGUCACAAAGGGCUGGAGGAAUAUCAAGGCUGUCCACGUCAAGGGUGCUAACACCAUGGCGCUGCCCAUCUGGCUCGCCAACGAGUUAUGGGUCGAGGACGGAGACGUUGUAGAGGAGCUCCCUGCUGUCGAGGGUGCCAAGGCCAACAAGAAGCGCAAGUCUACUGGCGAUGAGAAGGUUAUUGAGGAGAAGAAGUCUAAGAAGUCCAAGUCUGCCGAUGACGAGGAGGAGGCCUCUUCUGGAGCUGCCCGCAAGCAGAAGCUUCAGCAGCUCAAGGCGAAGGCGCUUGAGGACGGAGAGUCUGCUGCUGCUGCGCCCAAGCCCAAAGCUGGCAAGAAGAACAAGAAGGCCUCUUCAUGA